AUGGUAAUCUGUAUUGAAAUAUUUUUCUUAUGCGUUGUUUAUUCGUUUUCGAAAAAGAUAAAUAUUUGCAAAAGUGGUUAUUAUGAUAAAAACUUUUAUCUUUCAUGUCCAAGCAAUUCAAGAAAUCUUAUUCUUUACUCCAAUAUUAAAGAAAAUGCCAAUUCUAAAUUAUAUACAAAGACGAAUACUAUUAUUCAAAAUGAUUUUUUUUCUUCUAUAAAAAAUUCAAAGAAAUUAUUGUCAUCAAUUAUACUUUUUGAUUGUAAAGAUAAUAAAAUAAAAAUGAAAAAAGGUUUAAUUACAAAUAAAAAUACUGCAUUAAAAUGUCAAAUUGGAUACGGUUUUACUCUUGGUGGAACUUGCAAACCUUGUGAAGCUGGAUAUUACUCGCCUGACGGUACUUCAUGUUCGAAAUGUCCCACAAAUUCUUAUUCUUUAAUUGGAAGUGGUUAUUGUACCCCAUGUAAUUCGGUGUGCAAUACAUGUGAUUCCAAAAAUGGAAACUGUCUGAAUUGUUAUGAAAACAUGUUUCUAUUAAAUGAUGGUGUUUGUUUGAGUUGUCCAGCUGGUCAAUAUUUAAGUCAAAAUGGGUGUUUAAGUUGUGCAGAUCAAACGUAUUCUCUUGCAAACAGUUCUAUGUGUAUGAAUUGUUCUAAAUGUGUUAAGUGUGACCAAACGAAUGGGCGUUGCACUUUAUGUAAGAAUGGGCAGUUUAUAAACGAUUAUAGUUGUGAUGGUUGUGUAGCUGGGAUGUAUGGAAAUGGCUUUCAAUGUAUUCCAUGCCAAAUAGGAACAUAUUCAAAUAUAUCAGGAAGUGCCAGUUGUACACCAUGUAGUGAUGGUACUUAUACAAAUACAACGUCUUCAACUAUAUGCAUAAAAUGCAGCAAUUAUUGCACUUUAUGUGAAAAAGAAAGCGGAUUCUGCUUUUCGUGUGUUUCUGGUUGUAUUUUAUCAGAAAACCACUGCAUUCCAUGUAAAGCUGGAACAGCAGCAAAUCAAGAAACAAACACAUGCGAUGUCUGUCCAGCUGGAACACAUUCAAUAAGUCAAUCAACAUACUGUACACUUUGUGAAAAUGGUUUUUAUUCUACAGAAGGAUCAUCAAAUUGUUUGUCAUGCAGUUUAACAUGUUUAACAUGUAACAAAACUAAUGGAAAUUGCACAACUUGCAUUUCUGGGUAUGGAUUGGAUGAGUCGUUGAAUUGUAACAUAUGCUUACCUGGAACGUAUGCACAUGCAACAAACAAAAAAUGCAUGCAAUGUGACAACAAAACGUAUCAGUCAAAUGAAAAACAAACAUAUUGCAAUUCAUGUGAUAUCAAGUGUGAAACGUGUGAUAAUAUCAGUGGCAAGUGCCUGACUUGUUAUGCUGGAUAUGAAUUUACGGGCAAUGCAAACUGUGAAAUUUGUGCUGAUGGGUAUUAUUCCAGUGGUGGGAUUUUAUCGUGUUUGCCAUGUCCAAGUGAGUGUAUAAAUUGUUAUAGAGAAAGUGGGAUAUGCACUUCAUGUCAAUCUGGCUUUAAACAAGUUACAACCCAAAACACGGGAAACAAAGAAUGUGUUUCAUGUUCAUUAAACAAUAAUUGUGCCUCAUGUGAUUCAAAUGAAUUCGAAUCUGAGAAAAAGUGUGUUGAGUGUGUAAGUGGUUAUUACUUAAAAAAUAACAAUUGUUACAAUUGUCCACUAAUAACAAACUGUGUGCAGUGCUCACCAAAAAGUAAUGACUGUUUGACAUGUUCUGGUGAAUAUAUUACUGUUGGUGAAAAAUGUAUAUCUUGCGAAGAAGGCAAAGUCAAAGUCACUUCAAAUAGGUGUAUGAGUUGUUUUGAAUUAAUUCCAAAUUGCCAACUGUGUGAAUAUAACAAUGGGAAUAAAUUGUGUACAAAAUGUUAUGCGCCUUAUAUUAUUGAUAAUAAUACAUCUUUGUGUGUUCUUGCAUAUUCAAACACAACACAUUUUAACAAAGAAACAUUAAAAAGUGAUGUUAAUGAUGCUGGCUGUCUCCACCAAGUGAAUUCUUUUUGUUUUCUGUGUAACGAAGAAUAUAUUUUAAUUGAUGGAGUGUGCGUUGAAAAAGAAAAUGAAAGUUGCUUUGAUUUUUCAAUGAAAACAUGCGACAACUGUUCUGAAAACGCCAUCACAACAAACGGCGAUUGUUCAAUUGAAAAUGUAUGCAAAUAUCAAUAUACUCAAAAUGACAAGACUUCUUGUUUGAUAUACAACAACGACACACAAGAAGGCAUCAAAAUCAACAACUGUAGAUACACACAAAACGAGUUUUGUUAUUUGGCGAAUGAAGGGUUUUACACUACACUUAAUAUCAAUGGGGAAACUAUAAGUUGUGAUAAUGCAAAGAUUUGCCAAGUCAUUGAUGGUGAUAAAGUCGAUAUAUCAUGUAAAAGUUCUUUUGUAAUGACAACGAAUGUUUUAUGUUCACAAGAUAUGAAGUGUGAUAUGGUUAAUGACAGUGUGUGCAAUGCAUGCAAACAAAAUUAUCACAUUGCAAGUGGUGGAUGUGUUUCCAAUGACAACGAGUGUGCAAUUCAAAACAAAGAGAUUUGCAUUUUAUGUAACAACAACAAAAUACCCAUUUAUGGAAUGUGUGUUUCAACCGAUUCAAUCAACUGUAAAGAGUUUGUUGGUGGUGUUUGUAUUCAAUGUGAUGACGAUCGUUACAAAGACACGACUGGGUGUUUGUUAAAACAAGACAAAUACAAAGACUGUGACUAUGUGAGUGUUGUGUCAUCAUCAUGUUUGGAGUGCAACAAAUCAUAUCUUCUUGUUGACAACACAUGUGUUGAAAAUGAUACCAACAUAACAAAAACACUCGAUUUACAAUUAAAAAGUGAAACAACGACAGACAAUUGCAUGUUUAGAAGUUCAAAGGGGUGUUUGCGAUGUAGUGAUGGGUAUUAUAUAUUUAACUCAUUUUGUGUGAAAUGUGAAUACCCAUGCACUUAUUGCUCGAAUUUAACGUAUUGCACAAAAUGUGAUGCAUACUCGUACACCAUGAAUGGUGAGUGUUUUAAAAUCAAUGAUAUAUUAAGUGUAUGUGAUGUAAUGAUGUCGACAUUCGAGGGGUGUGUUAUGUGCAAAGACGGGUAUAUGCGAUCAAGUGAUGGCAAACAAUGUGUUAGAUGUGACACGUCGUGUGCAACAUGUUCCAAUGAUGGUGAUUGUGUUGUUUGUAGUGAUGGAUAUUACAGAACACCAAACAACAACACAAAGCUGUGCAACCCACAAACAGACUUGAACAACUGUUUGAACAAAACAACGAAUGGCUGCACAUUAUGUGAAGAUGGUUUUGCACUGAAAGACAACUUGUGUUACAAAUGUAGUGAAAACUGCACAUUAUGUGAUGCCACUUUUAUAUGUUCAAAAUGUGAUGAUAACAACAUUUUGAAAAAUGAAAUGUGUGUUCACUUCUCAAAAAUUACACAUUGCAUUUCAUCACAAAAUUCUCUUUGUUGGGAAUGUGCAGAUGGCUACAAGUUGAGUGAUGACAAAAUUGAGUGUUUUGCAAAUACGAAUUAUGGGAUGAUUGUUGGUCUUCUAGUUGUGUGUGUUGUUGUGUUUGUUAUUAUAAUUAUCACAACAGUAACACUAGUUGUUCUAAUAUUAGUGUUCAAUAAGAAAGACGAUAAACACACCGAAAACAUUUGUGUCUUUAAGAUGAGUCGCUCCAAUAUAGUGAUGACUAAACUAGAUGGCGACAUUCUAUCAAACAAAAAUGAGAUUUCAUUUGGUAAUGAAAGUGACAAAAUACAAAUUGAGACUGAGAGUCGCGAGUUGUUGUGUGUUGGCAACUCGUCUAAAGGAAACAUGAAAAUACAAAUCACAACAAAAGACAAAAUCGACAAAUACGCAAUUCGCACAGAACCCCAAAUAGUGACUUUGAAAAGCGGAUUUGCAUGCGAAUUUGAAGUCUUUUUGACACCAUAUUGCACAAUGGAUUUAAGUGAUGAAAUUGUGAUCAUCUCACUCAACUUAAAAACUGGCAAACAAAACACGACUACAAUUCAUAUUAGUGGACAAGUUGAGAACUCUACACAUCUUGAUUACGACGAGUUAAUAGAAGAGAAGAAAAUAGGAGAAGGUUCAUUUGGCGUUGUAUUUAAAGGGAAAUACAGAGGAAAUAUUGUUGCAAUUAAAAGGAUGAAACAAUUUGAUAAUACAAAUGAUGGAAAUGCCGUUGAUGAAUUUACCAAAGAAGUUGAAAUGCUCGACAAAUUUAGAAGUGAUUAUAUCACACACUUCUAUGGCGCAGUGUUUAUACGAUCAAAAGAGUGUAUGAUCACUGAAUUUGCUUUAUUUGGCUCGUUAAAAGACGUUUUAAAACACAAAACAAGUGAAGAAAUAGACAUAAAGUUACGAGUAAAGUAUUGUCUUGAUGCGUCUAAAGGUAUUUUGUAUUUACACGAAAAUGGGAUAUUACACAGAGACAUUAAGCCAGACAAUUUACUUGUGUUUUCACUUGAUAUGAAUGACAAGGUCAAUGCAAAAUUGACUGAUUUUGGAAGUGCAAGAAAUGUCAACAUGCUGAUGACUAACAUGACGUUUACUAAGGGUGUUGGAACACCAAAAUACAUGGCGCCUGAAAUUUUAAAUAAGCAAAAGUACAAAAAGUCGGCAGACGUCUAUUCAUUUGCUAUGACUAUGUUUGAAAUUGUAAAUUGGGAAGAAGCUUUUCAAAAAAGUGACGUUAGAUUUAAAUAUGCAUGGGAUAUCGCAGACUUUAUUAGCGCUGGGAAAAGGCUUGUUAUACCAAACCAAGUACCAAAUGUACUUUCAACUUUGAUUACUAAAUGUUGGGAUCAAGACCUCCAACAACGAAUUGAAAUACAAGAAAUAUAUCAAACCCUCAAAAUGAUAUUAUAA